GCCGCCGCCACCGCCACCACCAUGAGCUGCGCCGCGCUGCUGGCGCUCCGGGGGCCGCGGCUGCGGGGGGCGGCCGCCCGCCCGUGCCGCUGGAGCGGCCGGCGCUGGGCCAGCUGCGAGCCCCCGGCGGGCGCCGCGGUGCGCAUCGGCUGCGCCUCGGGCUUCUGGGGCGACACGGCGGCCGCAGUGCCGCAGCUGCUGUACGGAGGGAAGCUGGAUUUCCUCGUCUUCGAUUAUCUCUCCGAGAUCACCAUGUCGCUGCUGACGGCCGCCAAAGCCCGGUCUCCCGCUUUAGGUUACACUCCAGAUUUUGUCUCUGCUGCCAUGGCUCCCUAUAUAAAAGAUAUUCACAGGAAAGGUGUUCGUGUAAUCAGUAAUGCUGGUGGAAUUAAUCCACUUGCUUGUGCAGCUGCCCUUCAGGAGGUGGCAAAGAAGGCAGAUGUUGAUUUGAAAAUAGCUGUUGUUGCUGGAGAUGACCUAAUGAGUGAGAAAGAGAACCUAAAAGGAGCUGGUAUCACUGAUUUAGAGAGUGGCAAACAAUUUCCAGAGAGCAUUCAUAGCAUGAGUGUGUAUCUUGGUGCAAGACCAAUAAGCAGAGCUCUUGACCUUGGAGCUGAUAUUGUUGUGACGGGUAGAUGCGUUGACAGUGGGAUUGUAUUAGGACCACUUAUUCAUUCGUUUGGCUGGAAUAGGGAUGACUUUGACUUGCUAGCUGCGGGAAGCCUUGCAGGUCAUCUCAUUGAAUGUGGUGCUCAGUGUACAGGUGGAAUAUUCACUGAUUGGCAUACAGUACCAGACUGGCACAACAUAGGCUUUCCCAUUGUAGAAUGUUCCUCUGAAGGAGACUUUAUUCUUUCCAAACCACCGGACACAGGAGGACUAAUCUCUUUUGGUACUGUAGCUGAACAGUUGGUGUAUGAAUUAGGUAAUCCUCAACGCUAUCUUUUACCAGAUGUCACGUGUGACUUUUCUGAAGUUUCCAUCACUGAAAUUCCAGGUUUUGAUGGUGGAGCAGUGAAAGUUCAUGGAGCAAAAGGAUCACCUCCUUCAACAUUUUAUAAGGUAAAUGCCACUUAUCUUGAUGGCUUCAGAGCUACUGCUGUCUGUCCAGUGGGAGGUCCAAAGGCAGUACAAAAAGGAAAACGCACUGCAGAAAGUAUUCUGCAAAGGACCCGUCUUAUUUUCAGUCAGCUUGGGUAUGAAGAUUACAGUGCAGUUAACAUACAGGUUUUAGGGUCUGAAGAUACAUAUGGACCUCAUGCUAGAAGGAGUAUAGAUGGUCAGGGUCCUCGGGAAGCUGUUAUUUGGCUUGCUGUACACCAUAAGCAAAAAGAAGCUGUAGAAAUCUUCUCCAGAGAGAUUGCACCAGCUGGAACUGGCAUGGCACCUGGCCUCACUGGAAUUGUUGGAGGGCGCCCCAGAGUGUCUCCAGUUUUGAAGCCAUUUUUUUUCUAUUAUCCCAAAAGCAAUGUUCAGAUCAACCUAUUUUUAAAUGGGCAGCAUGUUGAGACAUUUGAGGAGGAUCUCACAUUUACAUCAAAUGAGGUUGUUUCAUUUGAUCCACCUAAGAUUAGCAGUGAAUUAAAAGAUCUGCCAAGCGGUCCACAUACUUAUCGCUUAGAAGACCUUGCCUAUACUAGAAGUGGAGACAAAGGCAACUCUGCAAACAUAGGUGUGAUAGCACGGCAUCCCCUCUACUAUCCAUACCUAAAGAAAACUUUAACUGCUCAAGCCUUGGAGAGUUACUUCCAACACCUUUUAGAGCGAGAAAAACCCGAAGAAGAACUAGUAACAAGGUACGAGUUGCCAGGAAUCCAUGGAUUAAAUUUUGUCCUCAGGAAUUCCCUUGGUGGUGGUGGCAUAGCAUCGCUAAGAAGUGACCCACAGGCAUGGGAAAGCACUUGGACAGAUGCUGCUGGAUUUCCAGAUUAAAAAUGUUCCUGAUUUAAAAUCACUGAUAGAGUAACAGGUGUCUAGUAUAUAUACUUUUAACGCUGAUUGGUGUAUAAAAAUAUGUUAUAAACAAGAACUGGCUUCUUGAGUGAGAUUUUCUUUUUAAAAGUCAAAGAACAGAAGUUAGUGACAGUUAUCUCUCAGAGGCCUAGCUAUACGGCACAGAUUAGCAAAUGUUUUGAGUAAUACCAGACUAACAGCUUUGUCUGUGACUGAUAACAUUUCCUGUCUAAAUAAUACAUUGGAUGAAGAAUUAAUUAAUUUCCUGUAAAACAGAAUUAAUCAAAUUGCAAGAUAACAUUUAAUUAGGAGUCGAGGUCAUCUUUGUUCCAAGAUGGAAAUUAUCUCCUGUUCAGACCAUCUCUCUUUUCCUUCUCUCAGUCUUUAUUUGAAAGUUAAAUGAACCAAAACAGUUGAGCUCCUGUCAGCAGUGUUUGUCCUGUGCAUAGAGUGAGGCUGGGUAACCUGCUGUUCAUUGCUAUGAAGUCAGCACUGUCUCCUGCUGAAGAACAGCUUUCUCUAAUGGGCAAUGAGGAAAAGUAGUUACUGUUACAGUAUGACUGGUAGUAAAUGCUACCUUUGGUCAGGAUCCACUGACUUCCAGCACUUUGUCCAAUUAAUGACAGACUUUAUGAUUACAGUUUCCAACAUCUCUUACUAAGUAAUCCAUUGGUUGGAAGCACUGACUAGCAGUAAAUUGUAGAUCUUGGCACGGGAAUAAAUUUGAAGAUAAAGACAGGAGAGAGCGCUAUGAGCUAGUCUGCCUGCCUGCUCACUGUUGUGAUGGUGCAUUCCUGACAGGUAGGAAGGGGGCCAUGUGGUGGAGGGAUAGAUACCUUGUUUUGUUUCAGGGCUGUGAAGUUGUUAUUUUGUGCAACAGAGUCCCAUCUGGCUGCACCUCCAAUACUGUGUUCCGUUCUGGGCCCCUCACUACAGGAAGGACAUUGAGGUGCUGGAGCAUCUCUAGAGAAGAGCAACAAAGCUGGUGAAGGGUCUGGAGCACAAGUUUUACAUAGAGCAACUGAGGGAAUCGGGGUGUAGUCUAGAGAAGAGGAGGCCGAGGAGAGACUUAAUUGCUGUCUACAACUGCCUGAAAGGAGGUUGUAAUGAGAUGGGGGUCGGUCUCUUCUCCUGUGUGACCAGUGAUAGGACAAAAGGAAAUGAGCUGAAGAUUGGAUAUUAGGAAAAAUUUCUUCACUGAAAGAGUAGUCAGGCAUUGGAACAAGCUGCGGUCAAGUCGCAAUCCCUGGGAAGUGUUCAAAAAACGUGUAGACCUGAAACUUUGGGACAUAGUUUAGUGGGCAUGGUGAUGCUGGGUUGAUGGUUGGGCUUGAUGAUCUUACAGGUCUUUUCCAACCUUAAUGAUUCUGUGAUUGUCAUUUGCAUUGCCCUUCCCUCAGAAAGGUCCACCGAUGUUCCACAAAAAGGUCUGUUCCCUGCUGUUAAGGAAUACCAUGUUGAAUAUAGUGUGCUCCAUCUCUAUUCUGAUGCCCAGCCUUCACCUCCCCAUCUCCCUUGCUGCACAAUAUAACUAGCAUGUUCAAAUUGGGAUGCUCAUAAACUUCUUCACCUGAUUAAACAGAAACGUAAAAAUCUGUAUACUACUUCCUGGGACAAUACCACUGUGAUAGUUCUGGCCCAGUAACUCUGUAUUUCCUCUGCAGAAGCCAUAUAAAUACUACUCCACAUGUUCGGGAAUUUUAUAUUCAGAAAUUAGUAUUUCCCUUUAUUUUGGGGUGACUGUAUUAAUUGUUAAGUGCUGACAAAAUGAGACGUUACUAAUACCAGAAAAUAAUAUGAAAAGAAGUAUUUUUAAAUUGCCACCAAAACUGUUAGUUUUGCCUAAUCUCAGUCUGUGCUACCACUGUUGCUAAUUUCCUAGUCUCUUGCUUGCUAAUGAGGACUAUACACUGAAUUGUUCCCACCUUUUCUGUGGCUUUAUUCAUUUGAAUUAAGGUAUCAUAAGUGAACAUUUUAUCCAUCUAAGCAUGUUAUUCUGUUAGCAAGUCGUAAGUACUAUCUGUGUAUACAGCAUGAUUCAGUCUAGUUGUAAAAAAAUGAGUCAGUAUUUCAUUGCAGAAAAAUAACCAACUUAAUAACUUCAAAAGGGAAAAGAGCAUGCUGGUUUUAUUAUAUUUACAGUCAUUGAUUGUGAGAGAACCUGUUAAUAAUUUGGAAGCCUGUUUAGCAAAACGGACAAAGGUAUUGAGAGGAAAUAAAAAAAAAAAAAUAGACCUCAGCAAACCUACAAGGAUAAAAAGGCUAUGGUAAAUAUUUGCAGUUCACUCAAUAUGCUGCUUAAGUGACUGUAAAUGUGUAUGCAAUGAUUUUUUAAUAAAAGUGAACAUUCAUAAACUAUAAA